UUAAUUUGGAACACAACUCGAAAUUUAUACCCAGAUACUUAAAAAAUGGCUAGUCGCAAAUCACAAGCAAAACAUGAGAACCCUGACGGAAGGCCGUCGGAAUCAUCGAUUUCUGAGCAAGAAGAAGAAGGACAGGAAGUAGAACAUGAAGAUCCCAACGACAUUAAAAUUGGUAUCAUAGCAGAUAAUGAAGUCACGCUUGGAUUUUUAUUGACUGGCAUAGGAUUUCACAAAAAGCACUUCAGAAAUUAUAUGAUGGUGGACAGAACAACCGAUUUUAAGGUAAUCGAGGAUUUUUUCCUAACCCUAUAUGCACGUCACAAUAUGGGCAUUAUUUUGCUGGACUAUGAUAUCGCUAAGCGUUUGCAUUCCGAGCUCGAUAAGUGCAAACGGCAUUUGCCAAUCGUAAUUGUUAUACCCACGAAAAACUCUCUGGCGCCAUACAUGACCGAAAAGGAACGUACCCGGCGUCAAAGGAACAGAGAGGCAUACGCGUAGAAGUACUAUUUAAAGAAAAAGCACGUGAAUAGCAGUUCCAGUAUAGUAGUAUUUUUAAUGCAGCAGUUUUUGGUUGAUAUACGGAACAUAUAGUAUAUGCCAAUCUGGAAAUAGAACACUAUAUGCGUAUAUAUAAUAAUAAAGAGAACAGUGAUAGGCAUCUGGGAAGAAGUUGAAAAAAAUUACAAAUUAAUUAAAAAACUACUUGUAAUGCUUGCCUGAGCUGUUUUCAAAAAGGCUUUGAUGAUAACACCAUCUAGUAAUACUCAUUAUUGCAUACAAAUGUGUAAACCUAAAUCAUUUGUAAUAGAAUGUGAUAAAAGAAGAUUUCCAUAACUAAGUUGGAGUGUAAAAUUGCUCAAAAGUGAUUUUUCAAUACUUACCCUCUAAACACAAAAUACAUCGAUUUUGGAUAUGUAA